AUGAUAAGAAACGGGAUUGACAGAUCCAAUGAGAAUGUAAAUGAAAACCUAGAAAUUUUUGAGAAACACAAAACCGAGGCAAAUAACAAAAUCGAGGCAUUAAAAAGGGAACAAAAACUUGCCAUCUCCGUAGACAGAGCUAAAUGGCUGGUGAAUAGGGUUGACAGGGAGGUAAUAGAUUUGCCUGAUGAGGUGUCGGAGGUCUUGUCACUCGGCGGUAGUCUUUCCUACAAUUGCUCCAAUAAUCAGAUCCCGGUGGACGAGAUAUUCUUCGGUGUGGAAAAUAGGAUAAACAAGGUGGAAAGCAUUGAAAAUGUCCAAACCAGCAACAAUGUUGACAAUGUCAUCCAACAGCAACGUCAGCAACAGCAGCUACAUGAUGCUGAGGUUGCUGUUCCUGUGGCAAUGGCUGCUGCUGUUACUGAUCUAAGAUGGGUUGAAUGUAACGAUAACGUAAGAUGUAGUUAUAACCAAAGUUAUGAGAAUGAACAAAAACAACUUGAAAAGCGUAAAAAUGAGCUCAGAAGCGAAAUAGCUAAGGUUAUAGAAACACAUAUGGUUAGUCGCAGCAGCGGCCAUGGUGGCAGAAACGCCCGUAAAAUCGAUCCUUAUGAUAUCCACAGAAAGAUCGGAGUGACUAGGAGAUUUUUAGUGAACAAUCCCAAGUUAGUUGUCUUACAGGCCGACAAAGGGAAUACAACGGCUGAGAAUAAUAGAGAUAAUGAUAAUGAUGAUGAUGACGAUGAUGAUGACGAUGAUGAUGAAGACGAUGAUGAUGAAGAUGAGGAUGAUGCUGAUUCUGAUUUAGUCAGUCUAUCAAAUUUCCUCAAAAAUGAACGAAAUUACGAUGUUGAUGAUGACCAAGAUGAGAAUGAUAGUGAUGAUUGUGACGACGAUGAUGAUGAUGAUGAUGAUGAUGAUGACGAUGAUGAUGAUCAUGAUGAUGACGAUGAAUUAUUUCUCCAAGGAAAAUUCUUAUAA